AUGGCAGCAGGAUUUAGGACCAGCAUGACCGCGCAAACGCAAAAGCUACGCCAGCAUAUUGAGGCACUGCUUCGCCGCGAUGCUAACGAAAAGGCGAUGUCUUUGAGCGAUCAAGCACUGCGACGCCGAGUAGAUGACUAUUACAUACCCAUGUUCAAGUGGACAAUAGAAGUCGUGGAGGCUGUACAAAAGAAGCAGGGCGAUGCCAAACAUUGUGUUUGUGUCGGUAUAAGCUGUCCGCAAGGAGGCGGCAAGACCACAUUGUCCGUAUUCAUGCAGGAAGCACUGGCGUUUGUGGGCAAAAAAUGCGCUGUUAUGUCAAUGGAUGACGUGUACUGGAAGUAUGAUCAACAAAUGGCGAUAGCGAAGGCUAACCCGGGUAAUCCUCUACUUCAGUAUCGAGGAAAUCCGGGCACAAUGGACGUGUCACUUUUGAUGAGGAUAGUAUAUGAGUGCAAGACUUCCACAAAUGUAAUUGCAUUACCACGAUAUGACAAAUCAUGUAACAACGGUCGAGGCGAUCGUGCGCCUUUUUGUGACUGGGAUCGCAGGCUUGGCCCACUGGAUGUCUUAAUUAUCGAGGGUUGGUGUAUGGGCUUUCAAGCAGUCGAGGAUCCUGUUCUUGGGAUGAGUGCAAACAUGAAGGCUGUAAACGAGGAAUUACGGGCUUUCAACAAGUUUUACGAGGAGCUGGACGCUUUAAUCGUUAUUCAGAUCGACAAUUUGGACUGGAUUUACGAUUGGCGUGAGCAGCCAGAGCAGCUUCUACGGGAAGCCGGGAAACCAGCAAUGACUUCGGAUGAAGUACGCGAUUUCGUGGACCGCUUUAUGCCGGCGUACAAAACAUACCUGAAGACAUUGUACGCCGAUCCGAAGGAAUUAAUAUCACCUUUGGCUACGAUUCCUCGUCUCAUGUUCUCCAUCAACUCGGCGCGUGAACCUGUGAUUACUUGA